GCAGCUCGUCAUCGCAUCCAGUCCUCAGCUUUAUUGCUAUAAUUCUUGGAGAUAAAAAAGACGAAAACAUGAGGGAGACUUCAAAGGUUCACCUCUGGUAAGUUGCCUACCUUAUAAUACACACGAUCUCCCCAGUUUCCUAGUGACGUUACCACGGACCUUGUCUUCACGUCAUGAGCAAAGUUCAAUGCGCAGACCUGGGCCUGAUGACUCCUUGGGCGUCGGCGUCUAAGUAAACUCAGCUCUGAUAAAGUCAAAAUCUUGAUGGGCCCAAGUCGCUGCUAUCUUCCCCCCACUAACUGACGCUAGAUAGAUCGGCCUAAUCAGUCGAUAUCAGAGUUAUCGAGGACCGACUGUCCAUUAAUCUGAAGGCCUCCACUGGAAACCUUAAACUUAUUCUAAUCCGACGUCUGCGCAAUACGAAUCAUGUCAGGCCCCUACGUGUACACACCACCGGCUUUCCAGCCUACGCCAUACACCGGGACAUAUGGAGGCUACGAUCAGCAACAACAUUCUCCCUUCAUUCCUCCUGCCAACCUCUUCUCGCAGUCACCGUAUCCUCCUUCAUCGCCCUAUCAGCGUCCAAAAUCGCCCUAUGCACGCCCUCCAUCCCCCUACACCCGACCUUCAGGCUCACCGUACACAGGUGCUGCGCCCUGGCAAGACGGCUAUGGCCAGCAGCCAAACUAUUAUAACCAGCCUCCCGCCCAACCUCGCAGCCGUCCUCCAUCGUGGCAUGGCAUGGGCCAUCCUCCCAGCCCAAAUACUCUCGGUAUCCCGCUGCCAUCGCCCACGCAUGGCCGCCGCCGCUCGUUCGGAAACAGCCCCGUCCGCUCCCCAUGGGACACCUACGACAUGCCGUGGAACUACAACACCGCCGCCCUCUCCGUCCAGCUGCACCCGCUCCUGAACGGCGAGUCCUUCCCGCGCGACUUCGUCCUCGACCUCGCCCAGCCGCGCUUCGCCCCCGUCAGAGUGUUCGGCCCCGGCCAGACGCAGGUCCUCCCGUACGAGUCGCUCCAGGUCCCGGGCACCCACCCGUCCGUGACGCGCAUGCGGAUCACACACGACCGCAUCCCGAUGUGGCCGAUCGACCUCGAGUUCCAGGCCGACUACACCUCCGGUGGCGGUUAUGGCGGCGGCGGCGGCGGUGCGCUCUUCGGAGGCGGGCAGGACGAUCCCCCGCCGAUCACGGUGUACGACGUGCUGUUUGCAGCGCACCAGAGCCUGCACACGCCGAUCCGCCAGGUCGACUGGGCGCAGCUCAACUUGACGGAGGAGACGGACAUCGCGCGGGCGUACACCAGGAGGUGCAAGCUCGUGCCUUCUGAGGCGGCCUUCCAGUCGAGCCAGGGCGUCAAACGCGUUGACUAUCUGCUGGAUAGGACGCACUUCCGCGGCCUCAUCAAGGCGCCCGACGUGGACGGGUUCUAUCACUUCAGAUUACUUACGUGAUUCAAGUCAUCGUUCGGCUUGUCAUCCCUCUUAUGCGUCCCUUCGACAUAUACCUUCACGUCUUAUGUCAAUAGAGAAUUUGUAAAAUCAUGUAACCUGGAUAUGCGACAUGUACUAUGUAAUCGCGCGUUUUGAUUUCUGUACGAUCUUAUACUUGUAUGAUGAUUACGCUUUUCAC